GUGGCAGAAGAGAGCGAUGGCCUCCGCUGCUUUGCCUCAUCCGGUCUCACCACCCUUUCCUCACGCCACCACUGGCACCCCAGCCCAUGAACCCACCAGUCUGCCCCCCAAAACUCCUCCUAAACCCCCCACAAUCCGCUCAAGGCUCAGUCACCUAUGCCGCCAAGGCCACCCCCACCAAGCUCUCCACCUUUUCGACUCGAUUCCACGCCCAACCACCGUCCUUUGGAACACCAUCAUCAUCGGCUUCAUCUGCAACAACAUGCCCAUUGAUGCUCUCUUGUUCUACGCCCGAAUGAGAGCCUCCCCAUCUCCCAAAUUCGACUCCUACACCUUCUCUUCCACCCUCAAGGCUUGCGCCCAAGCUCGCUCUCUCAAGCUCGGUAAAGCCCUCCACUGCCACGUUCUCCGUUCCCACUUCGGUUCUAGUAGAAUUGUUUAUAAUUCUCUCCUCAAUAUGUACUCUACUUGUUUGACUGAAGUGCCUUAUCUGGGUACUGCUUAUGAUUUUAACAAUUGUGAUUUAGUGCGCAGAGUGUUUGACACAAUGCGUAAGAGGAAUGUGGUUGCUUGGAACACUAUGAUUUCUUGGUAUGUUAAAACAGAAAGACUCAUAGAGGCAUUCAAGAUGUUUAGGACAAUGAUGAGAAUGGGAAUUAGGCCGACCCCAGUUAGCUUUGUUAAUGUUUUCCCUGCUGUUUGGAGGAUGAAUGAUUAUGAUAAUGCUAAUGUUCUAUACGGUUUGGUCGUUAAACUGGGUAGUGAUUUUGUGGAUGAUUUUUUUGUUGUGAGUUCAGCUAUUUUCAUGUAUGCCGAGCUUGGUUGUGUUGAUUUUGCUAGGGAGAUUUUUGACUGUUGUUUAGAGAGGAAUACAGAGGUUUGGAACACUAUGAUUGGCGGGUAUGUGCAGAAUAAUUGCCCCAUUGAAGCAAUUGAUCUUUUUGUUCAAGUUAUGGAGUCAGAGCAGUUUGUUCUUGAUGAUGUAACUUUUCUCUCUGCUUUAACUGCAAUUUCACAAUUGCAGUGGUUGGAUUUGGGCCGACAGCUACAUGCAUAUAUACUCAAGAGUUCAACAAUAUUACAAGUUGUUAUACUGAAUGCAAUCAUUGUCAUGUACUCAAGGUGCGGUGCUAUCGGGACAUCGUUCAAGGUUUUCAGUAACAUGUUGGAAAGAGAUGUUGUUACAUGGAAUACCAUGGUUUCUGCUUUUGUGCAGAAUGGGCUGGAUGAUGAAGGGUUAAUGCUUGUGUUUGAGAUGCAGAAGCAAGGAUUUAUGGUUGAUUCUGUAACAUUAACUGCUUUGCUUUCAUUAGCGUCAAACCUUAGAAGCCAGGAAAUAGGCAAGCAAGCCCAUGCUUACCUCAUUCGACAUGGAAUUCAAUUCGAGGGAAUGGACGGUUACCUUAUAGACAUGUAUGCAAAAUCAGGUUUAAUUACUACCGCCCAGCAACUUUUUGAGAAAAACAGUGAUUAUGAUAGAGACGAAGCCACAUGGAAUGCCAUGAUUGCUGGUUACACUCAAAAUGGGCUGAGUGAAGAGGGUUUUGCUGUAUUCAGGAAGAUGAUAGAGCAAAAUGUAAGACCCAAUGCUGUGACCUUAGCAUCAAUUCUCCCAGCCUGCAAUCCAAUGGGAACUAUUGGUUUGGGUAAGCAAAUCCAUGGCUUUGCCAUUCGCUGCUUCCUCAACCAAAAUGUCUUUGUGGGAACUGCUCUACUAGACAUGUACUCAAAAUCAGGUGCAAUCACCUAUGCAGAAAACGUGUUUGCUGAAACCCUUGAAAAAAAUUCAGUCACAUACACCACCAUGAUAUUGAGUUAUGGUCAACAUGGAAUGGGUGAGAGAGCUCUCUCUCUCUUUCACGCAAUGCUGGGAUCUGGUAUUAAACCUGAUUCUGUUACCUUUGUUGCAAUCUUGUCUGCUUGUAGUUAUGCUGGGUUGGUAGAUGAAGGUCUUAGAAUAUUUCAGUCAAUGGAAAGAGAAUAUAAAAUUCAGCCUUCUUCUGAGCAUUACUGUUGUGUUGCAGACAUGUUAGGGAGGGUUGGGCGGGUGGUGGAAGCCUACGAAUUUGUUAAAGGACUGGAGGAAGAGGGUAAUACAUUCCGAAUUUGGGGAUCACUUCUUGGGGCCUGCCGAAUUCAUGGAGAAUUUGAAUUGGGUAAAGUUGUUGCCAACAAAUUGCUUGAAAUGGAGAAAGGAAGCAGUUUGACUGGCUAUCAUGUUUUGUUGUCAAAUAUAUAUGCAGCAGAAGGAAACUGGGACAAUGUUGAUCGGGUGAGAAAAGAGAUGCGGCAAAAAGGUUUGAUGAAGGAGGCUGGCUGCAGUUGGGUUGAGGUUGCAGGGCAUGUGAACUGCUUUAUGUCUAGGGAUCAUAAGCACCCUCAGUGUGCUGAGAUAUAUCAAAUGUUAGAAAAAUUGGCUAUGGAGAUGAAAGAUGCAGGUUAUAAGCCUUGUCUCAAUUUACAAACAGGGGGGAUCUCUGCAUCUGAGGAGUGAACAGUAACAUGUGUCUAUAGAUUUUAACAGCAACAUCCAGAUGACAUAUGGCAGACCAAUUACUUCAAUAGUCAGCAAACUGGAGACUAUUGGCCAUAGGGAUAUGGACUAGUUCAUGGGUUUCAAGUACUUGGUUUUGUGUUCUAUAUUGAUACAAAUAUCAUGAUUGGUUCGAGUGUAGAUUCUUUGUCCAUCAAGAUAUCAAACCUCAGAACUCUGCUGGUUUGCAAUAUAUAUCUAUAACACAUCAGCAGCUUAUAUGAAGCAGAUUGUCACUGGAUGCUGCACAAACCAUGCCCAUCGUCUGUUAUGCAAUUAAGGCACUUCAUUAAUGCGAAUUUUGGCCUUCAAGUGGACUCAGGAAAUGGGCACUGAGCUUGAUAGAUUGGAUAGUGGACUCAAAUAAAAUGGGCACUUACCUUAAUCAUUCAGUUAGCUACAUAAUCCCUUUUUCCUUCACACUGUUCUCCCAAUCUGCUUUAAGGUCAUAGUUCUGUAACAGGACUUACAAUCCCACUUGGAUUACCCCAGUUUAAGCAAUGGGGUUUUCCUUGCAUUUAGUUAUAUCCGCUGUAUUAGAGAACCCUAAUUGAAUGUCUUUUUUUUC